AUGACCGAAAUCGUCCAGAAAUGGAUACAGGACCGUCUUGGCGCUUUGAUAGACAUGUCUCCGGAAAACUUCGCGAGCACGGCCAAAGACGGUCACCUGCUCGCGACGAUCCUAAAAAGUUACGAAAUCAUCACGCAGGAACAACUAAGUCUGAUAGAAAAAUCCGAUUUUCCAGAAAUCUGCCUAGCGAACUUCAAGGAGCACAUCCUCAUCUGGUUAACCGCCAUGGGCAUCACCGUGGACGACGAAGAAUUGUUCAAAAUAGUCAACUCAAAAGGUACGGCAGCCCUGAAUCUAUUCUACCAGGUCUACUUAGAGAUGUGCGGCAACACGAACCUGUACUUCAUAACCGAGCAAAGACUGAGGGAAAAGUUGCGACCAAAGGGCAGGUUCACGGUGCACAGAGUGAAAGAAAUCGCAAAAUCUUCAGGAGAGGAUUCGCGCACGCAUGUGUUCGACACGCCGUUGAGGGAAGCACAGGAUAUAGUUCAUUGGCAGAAGGACAAGAUGCAGAUGUUGCACGCGAAGAGUAAGGAAGCCAGAGAGCGGUACUUGCAGUACGUGAGGCUGAACCAAUCCCCAAGGCAGAAAUUACAAGUUCGACAGGCUUUAAAAGGGAGGUAUGAGAACGCAGAGCGUGACGUGGUGGAAAACGUGGAUCCGCCGGACGUAACUGCAACGUACGAGGAGCUGGUGAGGGAACAGGAUGAGGUGAAUAAAGCCUCGAAGUUCACGCCGGACCCUCAACAGACGCGAAUGUUGUUGAAGAAGUUCCGCGUCAGACAGAGGGAACAUUCAGAGAAUCUAAUCUUUAAGGCGGAAUUGCAGCGGAACGUCUUCACCAAUUUAUGGGAUGUGCUGAAGAGGGACGAAGAGGACCGUCUGAAUAAGAACGUGACUGAAAUCGUGGUGAAGCAGUCACUGUACGAGAGGCAAAUGCAUCAAAAGGUGGCAGAGGUUAAGCUCCAGAAGCACGUCAUGUUGGAGAACAAACGCGACGAAGCCUUCGCCAUAUCGAAGCAGCUGGAGACCGACUUCGCGCACAAACUGGUCAUGCAGGAAAAAGAAUAUGACGCCGAAGAGUUGGCGUACUAUUUGGAAAAAGAAAGACUCGCCCAGCUCCACAAGAAGUUGUACGCACACAAACUCGAGAUGAGGAAGGUAGUCGCUCAUAAGAUUUGCGCGGAAGCAGUCGAGGACCUCGUCACGAUUGCGUACAACGACGCGGAAUUUAGGGAGAAAAUCGGGGAAGAGCCUCCACGUGGAUUGCGAGAAUCGUGGAAAAAGAUGUUCACCAACGUUAUUCCAUUAGAUAGUUUCGUGACCCCGACGGAAGUAAUCUUGAAGAAGCCAGAAGAACGGCCCGAAGAGAUAGAAGAGAUAAUACAUCUAGAAAUUGAGAGGCAAGAUAUGAUAGACAAACAGGACAUGGAGAGUUAUCUAGCGUUCGAAUGGCCGUGGUCGUUAGAGAACAUGGAAUUCGAACAAGCCAGCUUAGAUGACAUGUUUUGCACGUUGAACAUUUUGGGGAACAUCGUGCAUAACUUGCUCGCUGUAAAAUAUCCCUACCCUCCACUGCCUACCAAACCGGACUUUCCAAACAUAAAGAUGUGCGCUUGCGUCAACGGUCUCGAUACCAGCUGCCUGCCUGGUCUGCAGGAGAUUCUGAACCUGAGGAAAAUAUUGGUGGUUGAAAUGCAGGAUUGCAUCGAUUAUUGCGUGAACGCGUUUAUCGAGGAAACCACAGUGGACGUGGACGACUCAAACAAAGACGCCGUUCGCGACGAUACAAAAAAGAAGAAGGGAAAAGAUAAAGAAAAGCGGGAGGACGUCCGCAAAGAAAAGAAGCCCAAAAAAGGGGCUAAGAUUAAGAGGAUAGCCAGUGUGACGGACGAAGGACCUGUCACAGAGAAAAUAUCUUUUUUAGAUAAAAUGGUGCAGACGCCUAAAUACUAUCCUGAUCAGGAUAUACCUUUGACCCAUAAAGCGGAACUGGGCAAAGUUGCCAAGGAGGUGUUACAAGCUGGACAACCCUUGACUAGCUUUAUUUUAGCGGCCAUGUUCGUAGAAUAUCUUAAAUCAAAAUCGGACAUUGCAGGUUGGGUGUUGAUAAAUUUUCCCAAGACCUACGAAGAGGCUGCCGUGCUAGAAGAGAACCUAACAGGAUUACCUGUGCCUAGAUUGACAGACGAAGACAUGGACGCUUGCCAAAGCCUCUUGGAGAUGGCAGAGUUGGAGGAGAGGCCUUCCAAACAUAAAGAAGCAAGCGAGCUCGACGCUUGCCGCCGCUCUAAGGUCCUGCCGCAGCCUAAUCCUCCCAAGGAUCCAGAUUUCUACGACACCGCACUGACAGCCUACAUUAAAGUUAUAAAAAAGGACCCAAAUGAUAAGCAAGGUCAAUGUAACCCGUUUCUGGAGGAUUUGGAGGAGAACCAGGAUCCCCUCGAGAAGUUCUACGCCGAUUUGGGUUGCAACUACCAUUUCUAUUACAACAUAACCGACUACAGUUCCAUCAAGUCCUUGGCCAAGCUUAUAAUCGGGGAUUUCAGUUUGCCAAUGAGGAGUUCUGUGGAGAUAUUCGGCGAGGCCAUCAAUUACCUCAACGCUGACAAGAGUCGCACGGGUAUGAAUACUACUGCCACCAAGAGAGGCGAGAAGAAGCAGAAGCCGAAAGAGAAGAAAGCGAAGCGGAAGCAAGAGGAAGGGACGACGACGAAGACGAGUACCGAGAAGAAAAGUAAAUCCGGCAAAUCGGACGCCAAAGGAGGGAAAGAGAAAAAAGUCAAGAAAACCAAAGAGAUCGUGACCACGCAGGUGGUCAUAGUGCACGAAGAUAAGUGGACUCAAGCACCCGACUCCGACGAAGAGUCCGAAGAAGAGGUGGAAACGGAAACGACGAACCUGGUGAACCCCGGCGAGAAAGGUUGGACGUACGUCUCUUUGCCCAUUCCCGAAAACCUGGCAAUCGCCAUGGCGACGCUGUGGGAAAAUGCCGAGGAGGUGUACCUGGUGGACAUGGAACAGGUGUUCUUCAUGAAGCGGCUGUUGCUGAACGCCAUAACACCGUUUGCCGACGCCUCAAAGCAGCACAUGGCGGACUACAUGAGCAGGCCCGACGAGAAGCAGAAGUACCUGAGGGAGUUCCAGAAGAGUUACAACGAAUUCGAGGACGAUUUUAGGAGCGAUACAGAGUUUAAGGCAGAGAUGCACUGCAGGAUCAGCGAGAUGAGGGAGAAGCUGACCGAAAUCAGCGACUGGAAGAUGAUAGCGGCGGACCACGAGAGGGUGUUCAUCAUAGAGAAGAAUUGGGCCGCCAAACAAUUCAUACAGUUCACUAACAACUACGUCUCGGCGUUACAACUGGAAUUGGAUAGAUUUGCGGAUACCAUGAUGUUGUUGGGCGACUAUUAUACCUCUUUAGUAACGAAAAUGCCCAGCAGCGUAGUGAUCUUGAAGGAAAUCCUACCAAAGUUGGAGUUGGAGCAUACCUACACUAUAAAGUCGAUAAAUAGUCUGCUACAGGAGGUCGACGACUCGGAAGAAGUAGUACUGAAGCAGUUCAUACAGACCGUCGUCGAUAAGUGCUUCACCUUCGUGGAAGCUACUCAGCCUUCGAUUAAAUUCGCCAUGAAGAAAAUCAAGGACUUAAUCGAGGAAGCGAAGAAGGCAAAUGAGAAGUUGAAACUUUUGAACAAACCCAUGGAUAAAAAAGGCGAGAAACCGAGUAAUAAAGGACUCGCUCUGAUUGAAGUGCAGCUCGACGAGGAGGUUCUGAAGUUAUCCAGUCAGAUCAUGGAGGAAUGGAUCUAUGCCGUUAAGGGUGAAACCAUAAGGGUAAAAAUCCGACUGGAGUUGCUGAAGAGGGACCUCAUUCUAAAUUUGGACGAAGUCUUGGGUAACUUACGACGAUUGUUCUACGUGAUAUACGAGCAGAUCCAGGUCUCUUAUAGGAAGGAGUUAGACAUCAUCAACGAAGUCUGCAGAGUGCUGGCGUUGGCGGUGGAGAGAGAAGUGAAGAUCCAGGAGGAGCUGAUCUUAGACAGAGAAGACUUUUAUGUGGAUCCAGAGGUAAUGCUAUUCCCCGACGGUCUACCGCCAGUCAGACCCAUUGAAGAGAGCGUCAGAACCGGCAUGUUCACGAUAAACCAAUUGGACAAGCUUGCUGAUAUCCUGAUGGAUCUGUCGCCAAGUGGGUGUAUGCCGGAGAGAAGUUUCGUGUAUUUGCUGCAGGACUUGAUAGUCAGCAAGGACGAGCCCAUCCUACUUCCCGAACUGUGGCGAAAAAUGCAGCCACGCCACAUGGACAAAGUCUCAAAGUAUUUAUUCGACGACGUCGAGUACGUGCAGUGGAAGGAUUUCAUCAUACAAAACCUUAUGGUGCCGUUCCCAACGGACGCCCAAAUUUUAGAGGUCAGGCAGGCCUUCCGCGCGUUUGACCCCGACUGCACCGAAUUAGUCACCGACUACCAGUUCUCGAAGGUGAAAUUUUGGUUCGAACCCACAAUGGAAGACCGGUACAGGUUGAAACUGAUGAGGCGGUUGCUCUUCAAGAUGUAUCGCGUCAAGACAGACGUCAUGAAUUACACUGCUCUCUUGUUGGACUUCUGUAAGGACCCCAAUCCAGUAGCAGGUCUAGCAAAAGCUUUGACCGUUUCUUUGGGCCAGGCCGUUUGUUGGGAAAAGGAUGUUGGAAAACACUUCGAAGAGAUGACCAGGAAGAAGAAGCAUUACGAGGAACUGCGAAGGCAAAGGAUGGAGGAGUUGAAGGGGGGCCAGGAAGUCGUGGAGCCAAUCGUCGAAGAGUUCGUGGAGGACCUGUUGGAGCUGUGUAGGAAGAGAGAAGAGGAUCUCGAUGUGGAGGAAGAGGAAGAGAUCAUAAGCACAGCAGGGUCCGUCCCAGAGGAGAAAAGUGAAUAUUUCGAUUUCAGCACCAACAUAAAAAUUGGUAUUGAACCCGUUCCCGAUCUGGCGUAUUUCUUGUCUUUGGACGUGUUGCUGACGGUCGUAAUGACGUGCUUGCCGUGGCACUCCAGGGUGCAAAAUAUCGAGGAUAAAAGCUUCUUGGAGGUGACCGAGGACGUUUACUCGCAGUGUAAACACAGAAAGUUCAAUUACAAGGUCCUGUCGCACGAAUUCUUGAAUCAUCCUCUUUUCGUGGAACAGCUGAGCAAGACGUGCAAGUUUUCGACGAAGAACCCGGUGCGAGUUGUGAAGGAGGUCUUGGCGGAGAAACAGGAAGAAAAGGGACACCACAAGUCGAAAAGGCGUUGA